GGCCAAUGAUGCCAUCCGGAUGGCCCGGUAGCGAUGGUGGACAUACCAUCGCUCCUAGAGGAGCUCAAUGGGUGCAUCUAAUGCCCGGCGAUGCCAGAUUCCAGCAUUUCUUGGGUAUCUUGAGUGCCGAGUGGACGAGUCGUUACGGCGGCAUGGUCAAUGCUAGGUUCGACUUUUUGGACCUUCAUGUCGGUUACGAGGUUUGGUGGUCUCCGCGUCCUAGCGGUCCACGACUUCGCAGUGGUAUUCCUGCUGGAGACUAUCAGGUCUACGGCCAUGUCAAUGGUCGUUUGACGACUAAGAAGUUUGCUGUGCAUAGCCAUAUGCUAUACAUUACUGCAGCCGUCAAUGGUCCUUGCCAAUGCGGUAGAUGCUAGGCAACAACGGCAGCAUACCGUCACUCUUGCGCUUAGCGCAUCCUUCCCUCGGUCCAGCAACAGACCAUCACUCUAUACCGCCAUCAAUCAAUCACUCUUUCGAAUAGAAGAUCUCGCUGUGACGGUGCGUGGCAUCGACCACAGCAUCAGCCAGUGAGAAGUCUGCAAGGCAGGCAUCGUCAGCCACUGAAAGAUGUAACAACAAGAAGAACGACAGAACAAGACAGCAGAGGAAGAAGACAGCAGAAGAACAGAACACAAAAUCAAAAGACC